GAUGUUGAAAAGUACAAAUUGGGGAAUCCUAGGAAAUUCCAUUAUCUAAACCAGUCAAAAUUUUUUGAAUUGGCCGAAGUGGAUGAAUCUAAAGAAUACCUCGCCACCAGGCGAGCCAUGGAUGUUGUAGGGAUCAGUUCUGACGUUCAGGAUGCCAUUUUUAGAGUUGUGGCUGCAAUACUUCACUUGGGCAACAUUGAAUUUGUAAAGGGAAGCGAGCCUGAUUCUGCAGAACCUAAGGAUGAUCAGUCUCGCUUCCAUCUUAAAACUUUGGCUGAACUUUUCAUGUGUGAUGAGAAGUCAUUAGAGGAUUCUUUAUGUAAGCGUAUCACUGUAACUCGUGAUGAGAAGAUAACAAAAUGUCUGGAUCCCCGAGCUGCUUCUAUAAGUAGAGAUGCUUUGGCAAAAACUGUCUACUCUAAACUGUUUGAUUGGCUUGUUGAAAAGAUUAAUAAAUCUAUUGGCCAAGAUCCCGAUUCUCAGUUGUUGAUCGGGGUUCUUGAUAUUUAUGGAUUUGAGAGUUUCAAGACAAAAGGUGCUUAGCUG